CACUGAUAGUCACACACUCGACUUCGAUAUAUAUGGGAUAUGUUUUAAAACUUAAAACCUGCCAAAGAUAUCGUGUUUCAUAUCGACCGAAACAUUUCAAUUCAAAUGAGGAAGUAAAUUGAAAAAUCUUCAUACCUGUCAUAAGAUAAAACUGAUAACUGGAUAAAAAUGGCGACUAAGGGUGGUGACAAUGCAUCAGAUGGAAUUAUAGACACCAAAUGCUCUGUGUGUGCUGGUAAAAAUUUAACGCGGGAAGCUGAAAAAUACUGUGUAGAAUGUCAGGACUAUUACUGUAUACCAUGUACAGACAUGCACAAAGCUUUUCCGUCAAUGAGAGCACACAAAUUGCUGGAUAAAGCUGAUUUUAGUACACAUGGUUUGCAAUCAUCAUUACCAUGUUUCCCUACAGAAAGGUGCCAGAUUCAUAAAGCGAAACUUUUGGACAUGUUUUGUAAGAACCAUGAUGAGGUUGUGUGUGCCACUUGUGUUGCUAUAAAUCACAGAACAUGCCAGGAUAUACACUCUAUUCCGGAUGAAGUUGACAAUCUAUACAAACAAUCAGCUUCUGAUCAAACCAAGAAACAACUCCUUGCAGCAAAGAAAGCUUUAGAUGAUAUAAAGAAAACCAAACAACAAAUCCUCAGUGAGUUAAAGAAACAAAAGCAGAGAGCAACUGAUUCUAUCAUAAACUACAGAAAAGAAUUGGAAGCUGAGCUCAAGAGACUUGAAUCUGAAUCACUCAAGGAAGUUGAUGCACAGUAUAAAAAUAUGGAAAGAAAUCUGCUGUAUGAGAUCAAGGAAGCAGAAAAAUUUAUUGGUGACUUGGAACAGUCUGCUGCCAAGUUGCAAAAGUCCAAUGGAAAUAAAGCCCAAGAAUUUGUAUGUGUCAAAACUGCUCAGAGAAAUAUUCUUACAGCUAAAAGUUCCACAAGUAAAAAACAAACAGAAGUGAACGUAUUUUUUUCUGCUGAUAUGAAAAUAAAAAACAACAUAAAACAAUUAAAGACAUUAGGAGAGGUGUCUACAGCUGAAGCAACUUACAAGCCAAGAACCACAGUAUACACAGUGAAACAGCAGAGGAAUAUUAAUGUUCAGCUUAAAGAAGACGAACGUAAAUGUGAUAUACAUGGAUCUUGUUUUACUGAGGAUGGUUCCUUGCUGCUUGCUGAUUGGUAUAAUAACAAGUUGAAACAUCUGGAUGUCUCUACAGAUACCAUCACAGACCAUCUAGAUCUGGAUGCAAGACCUAUUGCUGUAUGUCUAACCAGUAAACAAGAAGCUGCAGUAAGCCUGAACAACAACACCAUACAGUUUGUAUCACUAGGAGACAAGAUGGCAACAAAAAGGAAGCUGAAGAUGGAUCAUAACUGUUUUGGUUUGGCCUCCAAUGAUGGGAAAUUUUUUAUAUCUGAUUCAGACAAAACUGUUUAUAUUUAUGAUGUAAGCGGUAUCAUGUUAAAUAAAAUUACAAUUGACAAAUCAGGCAAUCCAAUUUUCAGCAACACUAGACAUAUUAGUGUGAGUACAAACAGAGACCGUGUGUAUGUGGCUGAUAAUGAUAAAGGUUUGAUAACUCUAGACAUGCAGGGAAAUUAUCUAUCAACAUUUACUGAUCCUGAUUUAGUUCAGCCUCAGGGUGUAUGUACAGAUAAGAGAGGAAACAUAUUGGUCUGUGGGUGGAGAUCAUCAAAUAUUGUCCAGAUAAGUGAGGAUUCAAAAACAAAGUUAGGCAUAUUCAAACCAGAAGAAAAUCCAUUAUCAGUCUGUUUUGAUCCUCACCAGAACAAACUAGCUGUAACUCAUGUAUGCAGCAAUACUGUAAAAGUCUUUGAGCUGAAGUCAGAUACAUUUACUGCUGUUGACAUCACAACACUGAAUGAUCUCGUAUUGAAUUUUUAAGUCACUACGACACAAUUCAAAUCAUUAUUUAUUUUGCAAUGCCAUAGCACAGAUAACACAUUUUUUACUGUAUAGUAAAAAUAAAAAAACUUUAACAAAUAAAGAAGGAUUAUAGAAACAUUUAGAUAACGUAGAAGAUUUUUACUGUAUACAUAUUUAAAAUAUAAAUUUUCCAGUUAGCAUCCUAAGAUAAGCGGGAAGAAAACUUACUAAGAGAAGUAAAGAAACUAAGAGUGUAUUCUUUUAAAAUUAUAUGAAUAACCAUUCACUUUCUUUUCACCAAUUGUAACACGAUAAGACAAAGAUAGUUAGGAUUCAAAUUAGUUUUAAAGAAGCUAUGCCAUUAAGAAACAAGAGCUGCCGCAGGAGACAGCAGACUCGACUAUUUCGAUGUUGAAUUUUGAAACUAGGCUCAUUUGAGGAAGCAAGAGCUGUCACUUGAGUGUUUGAUUAAUUACUCCAAGAUGGAUGAAUAUUAUAAGUGGAGAAUAGCUUAUAUCUUUGUCAAAUGUAUUUGGUAAUAACAGAGAUUGAGAAGUGUAUCAAAACAUUUAAAAAGUAUAAAAGGGACACAAUUCAUGGAAAAUGUGUGGGUGGUAAUAUUGAUUAACUAUUUAAGUUUGAAUCAAAUCCGUUUGGUUGUAACAGAUAUAGAGUGAAAGUGCUUCAAAACUUUAACAUGAAACUUUAUGUAAAAAGGGGACACAAUGCAUGAAAUAUUGUUGCCAAAAUUAUGACCCUUGUGCCAUAUGAUGUGAGUGAUGAUCAUGAUGUCAAGCAAUUGUUAUAAAUUUGAAUCAAAUGCCUUCUGUGAUAACAGAGAUGUAGUAAAAAUGCAUCAAAUGUAACCUAAGAUUCUACAAAAAGGGAGCAUAAUUCAUAAAGAAAUGUGCUAGAGUUAUAAACCUCGUGUCAUAUGAUGUGCGUGAUAAUGUGAAACAACUAUUUCAAGUUUGAAUCAAAUCCCUACACCAAAAUUUUAACCAGAAAUUCUUAGUAAAAAGGGGGAUAAUUAAUUAAAUAUUGGUUCAAGAGUUAUGGCCCUUUGCCAGAUGAUGUGAGCGAUGAUGAGGAAUAAUUAUUUUAAGUUCAAAGCAAAUCCAUCAAGUAAUUACAGAGAUAAAGAGAAAAAAGAGGAAGUGCAUCAAAACUUUUACCUUGCAAGAUGCCGCCAACGCCGAUGCCGACACCAGGGCUAGUAGGAUAUAUAUCUUCAUAUACUUCGUAUAGUCGAGCUAAAAACGAAUAUUCAAUGAAUUGUACCGUCUCAUUACCUGUAGCAGAUGUGUGUUUUUGUAUGAAUUUGUUGUUUAGCUUCACUUACACUGUAAAUAUUCAUGUUAUCAUGAUUAACAUACCGUAUGUAGUGUAUGUAAACAAAACCAAUGUUUAUUUGAAUGAAUGAAAGUUGUUCUGGUGUUAUUCUCUUUUUCUAAUGCAUUUUUAUUUCCAAAUAGGCAUAUUACAUUUACAAUAGAUGCACAAUAGGUUUCACACAUUUUUAUCAAUAUCCAAUAUUUAAUAAAUUUUUUGACUUAUUUUUGUACAUUAACUAUAAAUGAGUGGGGAAAAUGAGAGGGAAUAUGAUCUUUCUCAAUAAAAAUUGUAUUUUCUGACGGAUGGAAACUGUAUUGUUAUUGCUCCACUCAAUUGUUUUGCAAUAGCACAUUUUAUUUCUAUAAUAUUGUCAAAAAUGGACAGCUCAACGUUCAGUGAUGAUUGUGUUGUUCUAAUUUGUUAUUCAUGGUAGAUAUUUCUUUUUUUUUUUCUAUUUCAAUUCGCAGUUUAUGAUGUAAUAUAUAAAACUAGACGGGCAAACAUUUUCUGUAUUUCACUAGAAAAAAUAUAUAUAAUUUCGUUAUAAUGAUUAAAAAGUUUGUUACAUUACUUUCUGACCUACCUGUUGAAAAACUGAAGCUGCUUGUUUGUAAACUAAAGUAUAUUUGUAAACUAAAGUGUAUAGAAAUACUUAAAAAUUUCAUGUUUCGUCUGUUUCACAUAUGUUAAAAAUAUUGGCAUUCACAAAAUAAAUGUUUUUGACUUCACACAUGCAUGUUACAAAGGUGACACAGACUUGAAUUGAUUAAUUUCAUCUUUAAUUACUUGAAAUGUAUUUGUACUGAAAACUUCUCAGUUUUGAGUCUAUGGUUGACUUGAACACAUGACAGUAGACAUUUUUUCCAUUGUAUUCAGUAUUUCAUUUGUGUUAUUCUUUUUAUUAUUUGCAUGUGAUACAAGUACUCGUUCUUUGAUUUCGUUUAAGAUAGAGUUAUAAGUAACAAUUCAUUUUUAUCAUACAUUAUAUUUCCUUCUCCUAUCUUUACCUUCAUAUUAUGUGGGCUGAUAAUAUGUAUUUUCCAACUAUUUAUUCUAUAGUCAAAGAAGUGUUGUAUAUAUUUAAUGCGUUCAUCAUACAAUUCUUUAUAGAAAAAAAAUGUGUUUGAAGUUUGAUUUUUAUUUCAGACUUUUCCAGAAGAUUUGAUGACUAACAGUUGUUUCCUUUUUCAUAAACUGUAAUGGUUUUUCAUGCCAAAAAUAUAAUUAUCUUUUAAGAAAGCAUUACCUUUGUUUAUCAUUUCAAUGUUAUUUACGUUAAGUUUUUUUUUCAAAUAUUAAAGAUCCUUCAAUUUAAAGCAUUAUGUUUUCUCAUGUUUUCCAUGCUUGUUUAUUACUU